UGAUUCCAAGUAAUUGCACCAAUUGUUUGAAACUCGCACUCGCAUCGAUUUCGGCCUGUUUGCACCGAAUUAUUCACGAGAAACCCAUCAAGUGGUUGUAGCUGGCUGAAGUUCCACUAGGCGAUAGUUUUUCUCAAUAUUUUGCGGUUUUUACAAGAUGUCUGAUACUGUUUUUACUCGCAUUUCUCUAUAGGUGAUUUACAAUGGUCUGCUAACUGUCUAAACACAGCCACUGUCGAUUUUUUUCUUGUUAUGGAUGGUAGCAAUAAGGAAUUCUAAAACAAUAAACUAAACCCAAAAUCUGUAAGAUAAUAAUUUUUAUGCCUUAACUAUACAAACGCUUUGAGUAACAAAUAACAGCUUCUUAGUAAAAAAUAAUCGGUGUGUUUGAUGUUAACUUUGUGAUAAAUCUGGGAUUUAACAGUAGUAUUCUCGAAAAGACUGACACACAGUAGAGCUCAAUAUUUGCAAAACUUAGUCGGUAAUGGUAAACUGGAGCCGAGUGGAAAAUGUCUAAAACCAUUAAUGCCUAUAGGAUCAAGAAGAUCGAAAGUCUGGGGAAGAUGACCGCCAUGACGCAGGAGGAAAUCGUGGCGGCCGUGCGAACCGUCGCUCAAGGUUUAGAGGCUCUGCGCAGCGAACAUGCCGGUCUUCUGCACAGCAUGACUCCGGAUGCUCCUGAGGCUCAAGAACGCCAGACUUUGGUCCAUCAGAGUCAGGAGAUGAUUGAGCUUGGACUUGGAGAAGCACAGGUGAUCAUGCACUUGGCAAAUCACUUGCAAAUAGUGGAAGCUGAGAAGCAAAAAUUGCGCGCCCAAGUGCGUCGAUUAGUGCAGGAAAAUGCCUGGCUUCGAGAUGAGCUGGCCUCCACUCAGCAAAGGCUUCAAGCCAGCGAACUGGCAGUGGCUCAGCUGGAAGAGGAAAAACGCCACCUGGAAUUCAUGCGCUCGGUAUGCAAGUACGAUCAGGACCAAGAGGACGGCCAAGGAGGCGAUGGAAGAUCGGAAAAAACGGAUCUGGUAGUCGAUUUGUUCCCGGAUGAUCAAGAUGAUGAACGAAACAAUAUGUCACCCACUACACAAAAUCAACUGAAUCUUUCGCAACAGGUUAAUGCGGGCUAUGAAAUUCCAGCCCGCCUACGCACGUUGCACAACUUGGUGAUUCAAUACGCAUCUCAAAGUCGGUAUGAGGUGGCUGUGCCCUUAUGCAAACAGGCGCUGGAAGAUUUGGAAAAAACCAGCGGCCACGAUCAUCCAGAUGUAGCCACGAUGCUUAAUAUUCUAGCUCUUGUCUACAGAGAUCAGAAUAAAUACAAGGAAGCCGCCAAUCUUCUGAACGACGCCCUAACAAUUCGUGAGAAAACCCUGGGAGAAAACCAUCCGGCAGUGGCCGCCACUCUGAACAAUCUGGCUGUGCUUUAUGGGAAACGAGGCAAAUAUAAAGAAGCUGAACCCCUGUGCAAACGAGCACUGGAUAUCAGGGAAAAAGUGCUAGGCAAAGACCAUCCAGACGUGGCGAAACAACUGAAUAAUUUGGCUUUGCUCUGCCAGAAUCAGGGCAAAUACGAGGAGGUGGAAAAGUAUUAUCAGCGCGCAUUGGAAAUCUACGAAAAACGACUGGGCGCCGACGAUCCCAACGUCAGUAAAACCAUGAACAAUUUGGCCUCGUGCUAUCUGAAGCAGGGCAAGUACAAGGAGGCCGAAGUUCUCUACAAGCUAAUCUUAAACAGGGCCCACGAGCGGGAGUUCGGAACGAUCGAUGGGGACAACAAGCCGAUUUGGCAAGUGGCCGAAGAACGCGAAGAGAACAAGGCCCGGAAUCGCGAAAAUGCGCCCUAUGGAGAAUACGGCGGAUGGCACAAGGCGGCCAAAGUGGACUCGCCAACUGUUACAACCACUUUGAAGAAUCUGGGCGCGUUGUAUCGGCGUCAAGGCAAAUACGAAGCUGCCGAAACGUUGGAAGAUUGCGCCUUGAGAACAAGAAAAGAGCAUGUGCAACAACAGGCGCUCGACAUCGUAAAGCACUCGAAGGUGGGAAAUUUGCUAGCAGGCGAUGAGCGACGCAAAAGCGCCAAGACGUCGCGUAGAGGCUCCAGAGAAUCGCUGGAAAUGUCUUACGAUGGUGACGAGACGAAUCCAGCCCGAACUCCAGACACAGAGAAGAGCGGCCUGAAAACGAAAUUAUUUAAUGCCCUGGGAAUAAAUUCGCCAUUGAGCAAGCCAAACUCAUAGGUGCCCCCUUUAGAGCGAUUUCCCCAUUCAAAGAUCAAAUAUUAUUUAAAAGCAAAUAACGAACAAGCAUUUUUCUGGCAGUAGCUUUACAAGACGGAAAACUAUUUCUGGAAGAAUCCGCAAUAUGCUUUAGAGUCCUGAAGGUUUCGCGGCCGAUGGCAUACUCUAAGUAUUAUAAGUAAUAACUUUUAAGAAGUGUUGGUUUUCGCUAGAUGGAAACGAGCAUUUUGCGCCACUGAGUCUAACAUUUCUUAGCUGUUAAGUUUAAUAAUUGUUAGCAAGGUAGAAGAGGUUUAUGCAUGUUUCGUCAAUUAUUACAUAGCUUACUAAACAGAUAUCUCUUAAACAGCAUAAACUUAUAUUGGCGGUGAUUUUUUGUGAUAAUAUAUGAACAACACAGUUAUUAGGCUUUUGUUUAUUGCAAUCUGGCAAUAUUCCCUCAAGCUCUCAUUUGCGCCUGGAUGUGAACGCGAAUUUUCCCAGCUGAAAACAUUCCAUCUUCGCUACUUUCUCGUAAAGUUCGUGGUCUUUUAAUGCGUCCAGAGUUUUACUUUAUAUAAAAUCCUUAAUAUCUGAUGAAUCUAAUUGCGUUUUUUUUGAGUGAAACUCGAAUGCCAACGCUUUCAACACCAAAUUGCAGAGCAUCGUAUUGAGCAUCUGCGUUUUUUUUUUGUAUAUUUCUAAUCUUAAGCCAAGUUCCUUAAGUAUUAUUUAUUUUUUUACCCAGCGCAAAAUUGCUUUCGAAAUCGCACGCUUGAUAUAAAAAAUGAAACUUAAUGUCCCCGUCGUUCCCAUUUUGCUUGCUAGACCAGUUUUUAGUGCAAUUUUUUUUAAAUAUCAUUUCUCCCAAAAUGUAGCUUAAUUUUAUGUACAUUAAGACCAUAUGUGUAUAGCUGCAGUUUGUCAGAUUUGUUUAUAUAAUAAAUACGUUUUAUUGAUCAAA